UAUUGCGACAGGUGUAACUACUGUAUCGUCACACAGAAGUGAAGCUAAAUGGAGUUGAUACCAACAACGCUCCUGACAGCUGAAGAGCAUGAAGCCUACAGGAGAUUUAAAGAAACAGCAGUAUUUUCAGGACCAGUUAUACAAGAAGGCGAGGCACUGUUGCCUUGGAAACUACACCAUCAAUUCAAUACAAUUUAAUUCAGAAAUACUUUAUUGAUCCCAAAGGAAAAUGAAAUAAAAAAAAAAUGUAUUAAACUUAGGUCCAUUUUGGGAUCAGUGCCCUGUAUGUUCCGAAUCUGAUAUCAGAACAGUCAACUGGCCUGUGUGUAUUUUUGACUGGUUUCCGUCGGUAACGCUGCUCCAUGCAUUUUGUGGAAUGCUCCUGUGUUUAUGGUGUUGAUCUGGUUUGGCAUCAUCUGACAGCAGAAUGGGUGGGGAGGACAGGCUCUGUGAAAAGGUUGUUGUUUCUCCUGCGCCAGGAGGCGGUGCUCAGCAGGACAAGCAGUGGGCCCUGCCGCCGCUUAUCAGCCAUGGAUAUGAUCAGCAGCUGGAAGCCAGGAGACAGGAAGGUGAUCCAGAGGAAGAAGAGCAGCCUUCCUCCCUCAGUGGAAGAGCAGCUUCCUUCCUGUCUAGCUGUAACAGCCACACCUGCACAGCAGCCUGCUACAUUCAGCAGUUUUCCAUGUCGAAGUCGGCCCAGAUGCCGCUGUCCAACAUCACGGUGCCAAAACCCUCCAUCUCCAGGGUUCCCAGCAGCAUGGAGGGCAUCAACCAUGAGCUGGAGAAAGUCUUUAUCAAAGACAACGGAGAGAAGGACGAGCUCAAGUCUCUGGAGGUUCCGGAUGGACGUCGGGCACCCUUCCCUCCCCAGCAGCGGAGCAGUAGUUCUCGCAGCGUGGACACCCAGACUCCUUCAGCCCCGGGGCGGUCCAGCAGCUGCUCCAGCCUGUCUCCUUGUCCCUCACCGGCCUGUCCUCCAGGGUCACAUGAUGGCAGUCCUUACUCCACAGAGGAUCUGCUGUAUGACCGGGAUAAAGACAGUGGCAGCAGCUCUCCGCUCCCAAAGUUCGCCUCCUCGCCCAAACCAAACAACAGCUACAUGUUCAAGCGUGAACCGCCAGAAGGCUGUGAGAAGAUCAAAGCCUUUGAGGAGAUGAGCUCCCGGCAGGCGGUGGCAGCAGCGGCCCCCCUCUUCUCCUGCCCCGACAAAAACAAGGUCAACUUCAUCCCGACGGGCUCAGCGUUUUGCCCCGUCAAGCUGCCCGGCUCCCUGCAGCUGGCCCCUUCCUCGGGGCCCGAGGAGGAUGACAGCAAUGCCGGGGCCGGCCAGGGGGCCGCCUCGCUCUACGGGACCCCCACUCAGGUUUCCACCAGCACCAGCACAGAUGACCCACCGGAGGAGCCAGGGUCCCUGUCAGAGACUGCAGACCCCCAGACAGACAGCUAGAGCUGGGUGGGGCUGCCAUCACCACCACUGACUGUCCCACCUGGAGGGCUUCGUCUCUCUGUGCUGACCCCCUCCACCCCCAUCCUAUCACUGCAUGACAUACAAUGUCCCUUCAUUUCCACCCAGACAGACGCUCGGAGCCGUGUGCAGGGAGCCGCCGGGGGAGAGGCCCCACCCAGGCGUCCCCGAGAACACCCCAGCAUCAUGGAGGGGGGGGAGGGGCAUGCAUUUUAAACUGGUAGUAGAUUUCUGAUUAAAUUAUGUGUUGUGUUCUGUUUCAACAUUCACAGUAUGAAUAAGCUGUAAACGUAUCCACAGAUAUAUCCAGACACACAUAGCUCUAUGAAAGACAGGAACAGCUCGGUGAAACCUCUGGACUGGUUUACUGUGACGGAACGAACCGGAACAAUCCGCUGCACUUCAGGAUUCUGUUUACACUGUCAGUUCACAGGAACCCCUGACUCCAACAGAACACAAUUAGAGCCUAGACCACAGAAAACUGUUACCACAGCCACUGCACUGUGUGUGCAUCUGGGCGUGGCUUCAGGUGUUUCACAAUCAGAUUCUAUACUCAGGUAAAUUGGAAUGUGUGUCCAUACAAAGUAUCUGCAGCUCCACAAAGCAGAACGAUUCCCUGUCAUGUCAUUCCUAGUUUCUCUCCAUUCCCAGACGGAUCGCUCCGAGCGUCCCAGGGCCCGCUCCAGGGCCGGACUGGUUCCCAGCCCGCAGCUGGAGCACUGUAGGGACCACACUGAUGAAAGCGUUUCAACCAAGAUUUGGAAAAUGCAGCAAGGGUCUUUUUUGUGUCUGAGAGUGUAGUGGACCCCCUGCUGACGGUGGGCCGUCACAUCAAACCCAGACAGUUGGUCCUGCAGGAAUGCAGACUGGACGUGUAAAUAUGCAAACAUUUAUUCUGAUUUAUAGCUUAUCAUAGGCUUAUAACCUUUUGAGGUUGAUGAGAAUAUCUUAAAGUUGGAUAAAUGAGGAAUUCCCACUGGUAUGUAUGGAAAGCCUUUUUGUCUAUCUAAUCUAAGAUUAAGUUUAUUAAGAUUCCACAGAAUGGCCUCUGUCUCUUAACCAGACAAGCAGCCAUCGGCGUGUCUGAGAUCACAAUCAGACCAGUUUCAGUUACUCAGCAGGUCAGACAGAAAAAUAUGAUUUAAAAAAAAUGUCAUUAAAUGUAUCAAACAUAAGACCCUGCUGUUUUCAGUCUACAUUCCCACCUAUUAUAGGCCAGACCUUUGAUGAUCUUUUUAAAGUUAGAAACAGAUAAAGUUCAGGGAACUGAGCUGUGAUGUAUAUAUCAGCUUGUAUUUCCUCUGGAUUUAUAUAAAUAAAAAACUGCAACACUUUUUUUUCUCUUAUCUUAAGAUAAAAUAUAUUAAAAACUAUCCAGGAAGAGUCUGAUCAGUGCAUUUCUUUUACUCUAAAUAAAAAUUUACACGGAACUUUAAUCUGAAAUUUCCUUUAUUUAACAAAGGAAAAAAAGCAACGCGGAUCAUGUUUUUGCUUUUUUUAGAUACACUGUAGGCAUAAUAAAUAAAUGUUUGUGCUGAGCAUACCUCCAGUCUUCAUUCUAUUUCCAGAACAAUCCUGAUCCAUGAGUGACAUUCCUGAGAUUUGACCAUCCCAAAUACAGAUGAUUCAUUCCUGAAGUUCCUCUCAGCCAUUGGAUUCCAUCGCUGUGAAAUCGUGACAUGAAGAUGUGAGAGAUGAUUUUCUGAAGAUGCAGCAGCACCUUCAUCAGAUUAAAGGAACCUGCUGGCUUGCCUCCCUCUCACCGUCUGUCUGUUACUGCAGUGAUGCUGCCGCCAAGCAACCAAACCCUCUCAGCAUCUUAUUUAUUCUGUACAAGAGUGAAUCAUAACCUGCAUUUAUUUUACUAUCUGGUAUGCUUGUUGACUCCCUGCAUUGAUGUUCCAUUCCUAUUUUGUAUAUAUGUGGCUUUCGAAGAGGCUCAAUGCAAUGUUGUGGUUUAUAAGGACAUUUCAGCACCUUACCAAGAGCUUUAGCUUUCCCAGUAUCCCACAUAUGCUUGACAUGGGUAAACAAGUGUGUGCAAUAAUUUUAGGGAAAAACAAACAGAAAAACAGAGGUGGUGUCAUCCAGGAUGUUGCCCGUUCUUUGACAUGUUGCAUUGCUUUGGUGUUGAGUUCAGAGGCUGUAUCAGCAAGCAGCUUGUUGCUAAAGCCAUCUACAAGACCAGCACUGCGAGUGACCAGAGCACAUCACCGGCAGGCAAGGGCGUUCCUCAACUCACUACAUGAUACUUCCUUGUGUAACCUGCAGUGUCAAAGUUCACGCACAAUGGCAAUAAAAUCUUGGUUGUUUUGCCCAA